CGGCUUCCGGGAGUCGGCGGCGAUGGCGUCAUCACCGAGCGCCGGGCCUACGGCAGCGCGGAGGCCGGCGGUGUGAGCAGGAAACAUGCUGAGCCGGCUUCAGGAACUGCGCAAAGAGGAGGAGACGCUGCUGCGGUUGAAGGCGGCCCUGCACGACCAGCUGAACCGCCUCAAGGUUGAAGAAUUAGCCCUCCAAUCAAUGAUCAGUUCUAGAAGAGGAGAUGAGAUACUGUCUUCUCAAACUGUACCUGAACAGUCACGUGAUAUGUUGGUGCAUGUAGACAAUGAAGCAUCAAUCAACCAAACGACACUGGAGUUGAGCACAAAGAGUCAUGUGACAGAAGAGGAAGAGGAGGAAGAGGAAGAAUCAGAUUCCUAAAGGAGGGGAAAAACCAGGGUCAGUUACACAAAUUGCAUUUCUAAGUCUCAGACUACUUCUCCUCCAGGAAAUCAUCUUGCCACGGGCCCUGUGGCCUGCUUGAAAGAAAAGCAAGAACUAUAAGAAGGAUGUGUAGUUGCAAAAAUAGUUCCAUCAGUAACUGAAGCUUCAGAACGUUAUGACGUGGAGAAAAUCAAAGAUGCUUUGUCAGCAUUGAGCAAUAUGGAUGGUGCUGUCUGUGAUCUGAUCAGAUUCAGUAAGUGUUGAAAACAAAAUUUGCUCUCAAAUACUGAUGAGAAAGUCUGGCAUUUACAAAAAGGGCAGUUUAAAUACAAGCCAGCCUUUCUACCCAACAAUGCCUCUUUUAAGAAAAUUAAAGGCUGUCUGCAUGCCGCUGAACCCUUGUGAGCAGUUAGGCCACAGUCUAGGACAAAAAGAUGACCAGGGGAAGGACUGAGGGCCAUCUGAGAGCACAAGCUGUCGCUCCCCCUCAGAGGCACUGAAACACUGCAUGCUGUAAACUGCUUUGUGGGCCAGGCGCCGUGGCUCAUGCCUGUAAUCCCAGCACUUUGGGAGGGCAAGGCAGGUGGAUCACGAGGUCAGGACAUCAACACCAUCCUGGCUAACACAGUGAAACCCAGUCUCUAAAAAUAAACUGCUUUGUGUAGCUGCUAUCAUCUCUCACUCGAGACAUCACUGGUAAAAUAUUUUUAUAAAUAAUAAAUUAUAAAUAGCCAUCA